AUGGGUAAUCUUUUCAAAUGCAUUUUAGCCCCUUUGCCAAUUGAUCUGAAAGAAGAGGCUGCUCUGCCCGCCUCCUUUGAAAGCGACAGCCUUCAUCUGGCUUUGGAAGGACGACUGACACUACAAUCGUCCAAUGUCAACGGUAACGAAGGCUCAGACAAUGGUGGAAGCAGUUAUCGUGCCAGUGGUCCUCAUUCCGACUGCGAAGAGCCAAGAAUCGGCUAUGACAAUAUGGUUUGGCAAAAUGGCCAAAUGGAAAGCCAAUCUACAUUUGGCUCCCUCAAAUUGGGACUGAACGAAAGGGCAGACGAGCAAUCGAGUCUGCAAGGCGCGGACAAAUGUAAAUUGGAGUCAGCUGUGCGGCAAAAGGAUAAAGGGUAUUUAAAGCGAUUCAAACUAGCAUAA